GGAGAAGCGGCGGGCGGAAGCGCCCGGCUCCGCGGCUGUGGUGGAGGCGGAGGCAGCGGCGUCCGCUGCCCUCACGCGGCCGCCGCGCCGCCUCCUCGCCGCCGCGCGCCCCGCCGGGCGGCCCCGAGCAACUUGCUCCUCAGCGCCGGCCGAGUUGCCGGGACGCCCGCCGCCCCCCGCGCCAGCCUGCGCACUGUCCUCCUUGCCCGCCGCCGCCGCCUCGGCCGGGCGGGAUCCGAGCCCUGGCGGCCCCGGGGGAGGCAGCGGCGGCGGCGGGCGGCGGCGGCGAAGGAGGCCUGCGGGCGGGCCGCGGGGAGCGAGGGGGGCGGAGGAGGAAAGUUUGGGAGCGGGCGGGCUGAGGCGGCGGGGGCGCGGCGCCCGGAGGAGGGCCGCAGCGGGCCACGCGUCGAGUGGACAGCGGAUGGAAGGGGCGGGAGAAGUCGCCGCCGCCGCCGCCGCCGGAGCCGCGCACCCAGCCAGCAGCCGCCGCGGACCAGGCUGGAAGGCCGCUGGGCUGAGGGAUUGACAGGCUGCCAGUGCCACUCACUCACUGCGGCCCCGCGCCGGGGGGAGGGGCGGGGCGGGCGAGGGCGGGGGAGCGCUCCUCAGGCCCCGCCCCCGGGGCGGUGCGCGCGCUCAUUGGGCCCUGCGCCUCCCGCCGCCGCCGCCGGCACCGCCCCCGCGGCCCGGCCCGUCCCCUCUGGCCUGUCUGUUGCCCCGGCGCUUCGAAGUGCGCCGCCUGAUUCUCGCUCCAUCCUUGUCGCGUCCUCGCCCCCGGAGAUGGACCUGGCCGGCCUAGAAACGCUGUGCCGGGACCCCGACGCCUACUCCCUGCUGUUGGCAGUCAUGGGCGCCGGGGCUUGUGUAUGGGACAGAGGACAACUUGCUCCAAAGCCAACUGUGUACUCCCCCCGCCGCACUCGUGAGCUUCACGCCUCGGACAACGCCUGGUGCACUUUCCCGCUCUUCCGGUCAGGAGGUGUUGCCCUCUGGGUACCAGGCCGCUCGUCCAGGGCCAAUCGCAAAGCGCUCGGAGCCGAACGGGGCGGGACAGAGGCAAGAAAGCGUUGUCCCAAUUGGAGCGUUCGAAAGGUCCUGGGCAGAGGCGGGGAAGCGGCGAGUGGGGGCCCCGCCCCACCCGCGGUCGCCAUGGUAACCGAGAGGGCGCCGCUCAAUGUCGGCGCCAGCACCCGGGCCUGGUGCUGUCCCUCAAGGAGUGACCAGUUAAGGUGGUAGCCCCUGGUCCCGCGUGCUUGAGGCCUGAGCUGAGUGGACCUGAGUGCCACAGACUCCCUUGAAAGGGGAAAUGUGUAAUAGGGAAGCGAGUCUGGGAGAAGGGAAAAUGCCUGCAGUCCAGGACUAAUUUCAGGUUUACAACACUUUACACACUCUGCAACUCCUGGUAAUCCAGGGACUACUCCUUUGGCAGCGUUUGCUAUUCGAUGCCUCCAGACGAACUGAAGCUGCAAAAACGAGCUCUUCAUUACAACGAUACGUUUUUUAGGAAGAGAUAUUAUUUCACUUGUCAACUUACCCCAUCACC